AUGUUAGCUGAUACUCUUGCAGCUACUGGAAGCCCGCUCUCUAACAAAGAAUUGGUCACUUACCUUCUUAAUGGUCUUGGCCCUUCAUAUGAGCCCUUUGUUACUUCAAUAACCACUAGAUCCGAUCCUAUCACUCCUCAUGAAUUGUAUCAUCUUCUUCUUAUCCAUGAGACCAGGCUGUCUCAUAACUCUCGUAACACCAGCCCCACCUUUUCUCUCCAACCUUCGGUUAAUUUGAGUACUGGACAGCAUCGUGAUCAACGAGGAAGAAGCACUUAUAGGGGGAACCGUGGUAGUCGUGGCAGAAACCGAGGGUCCUACAGAGGUCGUUCUUCUCAACCUUUUCAAAACUAUCCAUCAUCAAACACUUUCCAAAAUAACUAUUCUUCAUCAAACACCAACCGCCCCAUCUGUCAAGUGUGCUCUAAACCAGGUCACGUUGCCCUACAAUGCCACUACAGGUUUGACCAUGCUUACCAAUAUGAACCACCGCAAUCAUUCACUGCAAACUACACCUCUUCUACUUCGGUUGCUGAUCCAACUUGGUAUCCAGAUUCCGCUGCUACCUAUCACCUCACUCAUGAUCUUUCUCACUUAAAUAUCUCUUCCGAACCAUAUACAGGACAUGAUCAAAUUCGUGUUGGCAACGGGAAUGGACUGCCUAUUGAAAAUAUUGGUGACUCCUCUUUUCUCUCUAACUCAUCCUCUUUUCAUUUACAUCAGUUGCUUCACGUACCAACUAUUACAAAAAACUUGGUUUCUGUUUCUCAAUUUUGCACUGACAAUAGUUUCUUUUUUGAAUUCCAUUCCAAUCAUUUCAAUGUCAAGGACAAACAACCGGGAAGCUCCUCAUCAACGGCUCAACCCGUGAUGGUCUUUAUCAGUUUCCACCUCCGUCGCAUUCUUCUUCCCCAAAAGCUCUUCUCGGUGAACGUACCUCUCUCAGCCAAUGGCAUCGGCGACUUGGUCAUCCCACUCUUGAGUUGGUCUCCUGUGUAUUGCGCUCCAACUGUUUGCCAUAUUUCCCAACUAAGUCUCAGUUUACUUGUCCGGAAUGUCCACUUGCAAAAGCUCGGCAGCUUCCUUUUUCUUCUAGUUUAA